AUGCACAUAAUAUGGUUUUUGCUCCUCUUCGCCUUUGAGUUUGCUUAUGCACGCCGAGCGUUCAUUAAUGUCCACAAGAAUAAUAUCAUUAACAACAAACUGGGGGUCAAUAACACGUACAGCAAGAAUGCGCUAUACCAGAGCUCUUCCAAGGUUCCCAUUUCGCAGGCCAUCACGAAGAAGCAGAUAAUCGAGGAAGUCUCCAUGGAAACGAAGGAAAGCAAAAAGACAGUGGAGAAAAUUAUGAACGGAAUAUUUGACAACAUAUACAAACACCUGGAAAACAACGAAAAAAUUUACAUUCACAAAUUUGGAAUGUAUUACAACAUUUUUAGAAAAAAAAGAUGCAUUAAAAAUAUGCGAACAAAGGAAGAUAUCCAUAUAGAGAGUAGCCACAUGCCGCAUUUUAAAUUCUCCAAGAUAUUUAGGGACCUCAUAAAGGUAAACGUGAAGGCGAAAAGAGACGACGAGGAGGAUGACGAAAGCGACAUGAAUGAAGAAAACAUGAACAUGGGAAACAUUAACGAGAGUUUCAACGAGAACGUGAAUGAGAAGUUGAUUUAUUGA